GUGUUCGGUAAUUUCGUCGUACACGAUAUAUAGCAUUUGCGCCAAAUGGCAAGCUGAGAUCUUGCGAUCUAUAUGGGAAUUCAUGUGCAAUCGACUUAACCGGUCUUGGGGCCGGCAAUUCCGUGUACUAGUUUCAACACGAGGUUGACAUAUCCCAGUUGCUUAUUUCCAUUAUGUCCACACUGUCCAAACCGGUAAAGCAGGCGCAGCAACUAACGCCUUUUGCAUCUGCGUUGGCUGGUGCCCUUGGAGCUUGUUUUAGUAACGCUGUAGUGUAUCCCCUUGAUGUUGCUAAGACCAGGAUACAGGUGACCUCAUCAGCUGCGCGAGGAAAGCGCAAGGACGACCUGAGCAUGCUGUCGAUGCUACUCCAGAUAUUCAAACAAGAGGGAAUCAAUGGGUGGUACAGAGGCUUUGCUGCAACAAUGCUCAACACCUUCUCGAUGCAAUACGCCUACUUCUUCUUCUACUCAUUCAUACGCUCAUCAUACAUCAAGCGCCUGACUUUGAAGCUGCCUCCUGGUUCAAAACCUCCUGCGCUAUCCACAGCUGCUGAACUCUCUCUCGGGGCAGCUGCUGGAGCGCUAUCCCAGAUUUUCACGAUUCCCGUAUCCGUGAUCGCAACUCGACAGCAAGUUGGGCGCUCUGUCCAAAACUCGUCGCAGUCCUCCCAAGAUGAGAGACCGGUAGACGAAUCUUUAUUAGCUGUCGCUCGUGAGAUAGUUCGCGAGGAUGGUGUCACAGGGCUGUGGCUGGGCAUUAAGCCCGGCAUGGUCCUGACUGUGAACCCUGCUAUAACGUACGGCGUUUAUGAGCGCCUCAAGAGCCUCUUGUUGCUCGCAAGUGCUGCGAAUGGUAAAUUGACGCCAGGGACGUCAUUUUUGCUUGGGGCGUUUAGCAAGACGCUCGCCACUAUCGUAACAUAUCCAUAUAUUAUGGCCAAGGUUAGAAUCCAGGCCCGUUCUUCUGAUACGGAUACAUUAGAGAACGAGGGCCUGCCUGGUGGUCGAAAUGGAAAUACCGAUUCCAAAGCAAAACAAGCCGGUGCCCUCGGCCUCCUCCUGAGAGUCCUGAGGAAAGAAGGAUUUGUCGGGUGGUAUCAGGGGAUGUCCGCGCAGAUAAUCAAAGCCGUACUUUCUCAGGCGUUGUUGUUUGUAUCCAAGGAACAGUUCGAGCAUUGGGCCCUGGCCAUUAUGGUCCUGUUUACAAAGUUUACCUCACGGCCAUGACGACGCACGUUUGUUCUUGGGGAAUCAGGAUCAGUCAGUCGUUUACUCUCUCGGGAGGUGCAUACCUUUUGUAUCGUGUAUCAUCCCAGAACCUUAGUAGACAAAUAGACGGAUCAUGUACCCAUCCAGAUGAGGCGUGUCUGGCUGCAGGGCCCCAGCUUAUCUACUCUUUAUGUAGUUGUCAGGUGUCGAAGUAACGAGUCAUUGGUGAUGUAUGAUCGAGUCAAAACA